UCAAGUUUAUUUAAAAGAUUCAUGAUGAGGUUGAAGAUAAUUAUCUCACCAGUCUGCUGCCUCCUUUCUCUGCUUCUUCUAAACCAAGUUGAUUCUGGACGGAUUCUGAGGACAAUCAAGGAGCGUGUGCGUGACCUGCAGCUGCAGAAAAACAAGCAGCUUCUCAUGACGCUAAUGGCCAGCAGUUAUCAGCCCCUCCAACAUGUGAAGGAGGCCUGGAUUCACCAGCCACUGGACCACUUUAACCGACAGGAUGUCAGCACCUUUCCUCAGAAGUUCUUUGUGAAUGAGGCUUACUGGCAGCACCCUGAUGGUCCAGUGUUUCUCUUUAUUGGUGGCGAAGGACCCAUCUUUGAGUUUGAUGUUCUGGCAGGUCAUCAUGUUGACAUGGCUAAAAAACACGGGGCUUUACUUCUUGCUGUGGAGCAUCGUUUCUAUGGCGACAGCAUAAACCCUGAUGGCCUAAAAUUGGACAACCUGGCAGCCCUGAGCAGCCAGCAGGCACUUGCAGACUUGGCAGUAUUCCACCAUUACAUAAGCCAAAGUUUCAAUCUGAGCCACAGAAACACCUGGAUCAGCUUUGGAGGAUCAUACUCUGGAGCUCUAUCUGCCUGGUUUAGAGGAAAGUUUCCCAGUCUGGUGUAUGGAGCUGUGGCCUCCUCUGCUCCUGUCAAGGCACAGCUUGACUUUUCUGCAUACAACAAUGUUGUCGGCUUGAGUUUGAUGAACAAAGCAGUUGGUGGCUCAGAAAAGUGUCUGGCCAAAGUCCAGGAAGCAUUUGUUGCUGUGGAAGCAGCACUGAUGGGAGGGAAUUCCAGCCAGGUGGCUACAGACUUCAACUGCUGUCAGAGUCCCAAAAAUCUUGAUGAUGAGAUUGAACUGAUGCAAAACCUGGCAGAUAUUGUGAUGGGAACAGUGCAGUAUAAUGAAGAGGGUGUGCUCCUGUCAAUCAUUGAGCUCUGUGGUGUGAUGACUAACACAAGUGAGCUGUAUAAGGGCGAUAUGGAGGCCUACAACCGCCUAGUUAAACUCUCAGAGAUUUACCGCUCCACUUCUGAGGAAGCAUGUCUAGACAUCUCUCAUGAAAAAACACUGAAGGAUCUAAUGGACACGUCUCUCCAUGCCAGCAAAAGAGCUGUGAGACAGUGGACCUACCAGACAUGCACUGAGUUUGGCUUCUACCAGACCUGUGAGGACACCACUUGUCCAUUCUCUGGGAUGUUAACCCUGCAGACUCAGACUAAACUCUGUGCUACAGUGUUUGGUAUUUCCCAGCAUUCCCUUCCUGCUCGCACUGCCUUCACAAACAGUUACUAUGGAGGAGACAACCCACAUACGCACAGGGUCCUUUAUGUCAACGGAGGAAUUGACCCAUGGAAGGAGCUGUCAGUGAUUCAGAGCAGGACUGAAGAGGGGGAUGAAGCUGAGACAGUUUUCAUUGCAGACACUGCACACUGUGCUGAUAUGUCGAGUGGAAGAGUUGCAGACCGCCGCUCACUGAAGAAAGCAAGACAGGACAUUGAAAAACAUGUUGGGAGCUGGCUGAGGACGGCAGCGCUGGAGAAGAUGGAGAAACCAGCAGCCUGACUCUGAUCAGAUCACAUGUAAAAUCUGAUCAGCUCUUAUCGCUUUCUCCUUAAACUGAUAAGAAAUAGUUUAUAAUCUGGCCUGGCCUGCUCUGCUUCAUCUGCCUCCUCCAUUUUCUCUGGUUCUCCAGCUCUUCAUGCUCCAUCUUCAACAGUCUCUGAGCAACGCCACUGAUGUGUGUCUAUGAGGUUUUUUGAGUUUGAAAGGUUUCUGACUUUAACAGAUGCUUCUUUUACCCUCACUGUCUUUGGUUUGGACUUUCUAUCCAACUGUUUUGGGGGUUUUGUCUUGGUUGGUAUCAGUUUAUUUACUUUGCUAUUCACAUUUUUAAUGAUAAAACCAACAAAAAGUUGAUGUCACCUUCCAACUCUAACCUUUUUCAGAGGAGAAACAUUUUUUACAGUUUAAUGUGUGUGCUUAGUUUUUCAGUUUUGAUCUCCUGUCAUUACCAUGUCUUGUCUCUAGGGUAUGAUAUUACCAUAUAGGUGAAAAACUUAU